AUGUCUUCCAACGGUAAUAGCAAUAACGGUGGCACGACACCUCCAAACGAAUCCUCUAGACCUCGUCGUGGUUCCAUCACUGCUCAAACAUUUACCAAUAUCUUUCGUUCAAACAGUACAUCUGCCGGAGGUCCGGUUGGUCCGUUCCCGGGUCCCAUUAGCACAGGCGCAUCCCAAGAUCAUAAACGAAGAAUGUCAAUUUCUACACUUGGUUUAUCUGGUGCUGGUGCAUCUCCUACACAAUCCUCGGCGUUUCCUUUUGGUGGCCGACGUGGAAGUGUAUCAACUACGGCUUCUGAAUCAAUUGAUGAAAGUGCCAUUGAUGACGAAGAUGGACCUUCUAGAGGUACACCAACUACACCUUUUGCACGUCGUAUGUCAUUUGGUGCUCAAGCACUUCGAACUGUUCGUACGGGUAACGGUAGCCCGGGCACAAAUGGUAGAACUCCUUCUUAUACUACUUCUACAUUAUCCCCAAUUCCAGCAGGUUCACAAGGUGGUGGUAGAGUAACCCCUCCAGGAACUCAGUCUCUACAGGCAAGCACGCAAUCAAAACCCAGAACUCCCUCUGACUUUGCUUCUUCUGCUCGUCCAGGUGAAGGCGGUUUCAACUGGUCUGAGCAGCUUAGAUCUCGUGCCGAGAGCCAAGUCUCUCAAUCCCAACGUCCGAUCAUGUCAACCUCUCCCCCGAAUAGUCAAAGAUUUAAUGUUCCAAUGCAUGAGCGAGCCAAGAGUAUUGGUGACGCCCCAGCUCCACCCACUUCCGUCAUUCCUCCUGUCGCGGCAUCAAAGCCUGCUCGAAAGCAACCAGAUGCCUUCCAGGAACGCAUUUUGAAGGGUGAUUUCUACAUGGAUUGA